AUGGCCUUUCCCGAUUUUCGGCACUACUUUACACGCCUCGAACUCUGCCAUCUGGGCCCCGAGUCGGACACUCUGUCCUCGCCAUCGCCGAAUCGGACGAAGCGGCGUUGGGAGAUGGCAAAACACGAGGGCGAGUGGCUGCGCAACGCCACGGCUGGAGGUUGUAGAAAUUUCAUUGACACCUUUCAUCUGAACCCACAAUUCCAUGUACAUGUCGAGGAUCCUGACGAAUCAGAUGACGAGCACAUGGGUACUCUGAUAAUCGGACUGAUGCAAAAGGACAUGCGUGAGCAGAGGCGCGAGCCCUACGUGAUCGGCUAUUCAAUUUACAAGGUAAUGAAAUAA